AUGGCUACAAAACAACUCCCACAUAUACCUGAUCUAGAGUUGCCCAAGUUGCCAGAGGUGAAGAAAUCUAAAGACUCCCGGUCAACCCUGGUUGAUUCAGGCAUCAUUCCUUACAGUCAGUUUACCAGAAACAACUUGAAAUCAAUCAUACAUUCGCUUACACAAGAAUUGAAAAAACGAGGAACAAAAACACCAUAUAUAUUCCUUCCCUUUCGAUCCAAAAUUAAUGAUUCACAUUUGGAAAAGCUACUUUCAUUCGUAUUCCCUAAUGGCGAAAUCAUCGAUGCGGCAAAAGCUGAAGCUGGAUUACUUGAAUUUGACGAAUUCACAUUGAUUUGCGGAUUGAAGUAUUUGUGGGCAAGAUUGCCCAAUAACGAAAUUAUCGGCUGGGAUGUGUAUCUUGAAUUCAAAAGAAAAGAAAAGGAAAAGGGAUAUCCCAAGAACGCGUUUUUAGCAAUCAUGCCUAAAUGCUUGUCGUCGCCUGCCCAUGCAUCGAUCGUAUACGACUUUCUCGAUUUGAUUGUCAACAUAACAUCCAAUUCUCAUGAUAAUUUCCUAAGCGGGAGAAAGAUUAGUAAGAUGGCCAGCUUCUGGGCAUUCAAUCCUAUGCAUAGUAAGAAACCGCAAGAGUUUGAUUUUAUUGAAGGGAUAGAAAUGUGGACGAAAUCCACCAAUGCAUUGUUUCACCUCGUGUUAUCAUUCUUGAGAUCAAUGUUGCCAGAAACUGAUAUGGAAACUUUAAAAUUGCCCAAGUCAUUACAAUCAUUAUUAGUCACUAAUCAAUAUCCACCGGUGGAAGAACGAGGUGAAGCCUUGAAGAAUAUGAUUACCAUUCCUUGUGUUCACAUUAAAUCUACCCGACCCUCGAAAAAUGCAUACGAUUUAAUAAGUAAAGUACGAUACAGCCUAUCUUUUGACAAGAGAGAUUCAUUUUUAUCCGUGGAAAACUACACAAUUUUGAAGAAGUUGUUCAACAAGAAAGGAACUAGUGAAAUUGUAGAAACUUUGACAGAAGAGUCACGAAGAAUAUUGGCUAGGAUAACUGCUGAACCGGCUGAAUCCCAGUACAACCUUGAACCGGGUUGGGCUAAAUCUCCAGUUCCAUUUGAUGAAGAUAUCCCACAAUAUUCGAAGAUUGAAAUCAAGAAUGUAUCUAUACAAGACUACUAUAUCUGGACUUGGUUAUCAAGUUUAGGAAGUGAUCAAACUAGUCACAUGAAGAGAUUAUUUGGAAGAUCAAUUGUUGUUGAGGCAGAUUUAUUAGGAUUCCAGAAAUGGAUUGUCAUUUCUGAAAAAACGAUGAGUUCAGAAGAAUAUCUCCGUAACUUCAACUUGGAUCACAAUUCUGAUUACAAAUCUGAAUUGAAGGAUAAAAAUCUACCACCUGUACCAGAUAAAAACAAGGGAUCUCGUGAAUCGUCAAGACCAUCUCUGGAAGAAACCGAUAAGGAAUUCAGUGAUGAGUUUAGUUAUAUUUACAAUUCUUCACUAUGUACUGAUGAUAACGAUAGUAGUAUUGAAGAUAUUCAUCAAUCAUCCAAGGAAUUGAAUACUACAUCUAAGAAAUUGUCCAAGUUGAUGAUUAGCGAAGCACUUCAAAAGAAGCCUCAGAUUAGAAAAGCUCCGCCACCACCAACAGUUGAAUCUCGAAAAACACCACCAAUGCUAAAUGAGUACCUGCUCAAGAAGAACAUUACAAAAUCACCAGAAAGUGUUGGAAGUAGUUUUAUUGAACCGUUUGAACAAUACCAUACUCUGAUGGAAAAGCGUCAUAAGUUAAAGGAGGAUAUUUUGCAUAGUGAACCAUUUGACAAUUAUCAUGUAGGUAGAGGCAUACCUGAAGUCGAGCAACAUAAACAAGUUGAUGCAGUUGUGCAGGCUGAUGAAGCAGAAAAGGUCCGCAAAUUGAAACAACAACAAGAAGAAGAAGAAGCAGAAAAAGCCCGCAAGUUGGAAAAACAAGCACAAAAGGCUCAACUUGCAGCAGCACAAGCGGCUGGAUUUCCAUUUGCGUUCUUGCCAUCUAAUGAGCCACCUCCUCCACCAGAGCAAGCUGCUGAAACUGCAAGAGUUGUUAGUGAUUUGAUGAUGACUACACCAUUUUUGAUUACUAUUCCUGGCUCAGAAAAUGUGUUGGCCUCUCCUAAUAAGAAUAAAAGUAAGAGCAGAAGCCCAGAUAGAGGGGUGGAACGUGGGUCAAGUGCAAGUCCUACUCGUCAUGCUGCUAGUAAGAGCCCAGACAGAAUCCGGGUCAGUCCAGAACAGAGAGCCCGCAGUGCUCAAACCAGUCCAGAACGUCAAGUGGAUAUUAAACCAGAACCUGUUGUACACCCAGAAGCUAAAGAGAAAAAGACACUUCUUGGAAGAAAGACUCCAAAGUAUGAUAAAUACGAGAAGGAAUUACCACCAAUUGUUGCACCAACUCCAGUUACCCCAGUACUUCAAUCUAACUCUAUAACUAGGGAAGCUGGUAUUACUAACUUGCUGGGAUUCGUUAAAUCUCCACUUGAUCCAUUUGAAUCUCCGAAAGUUGUCCAAGAACCGGAACUUCUGGCUGCUCAUCAAUAUUCUCUUGAACAACCUCAACAACAUUCGUCUAAACAUACAUCAUGUCAUUCUCCAGAACAUUCAUUACUACAACAACAUUCUCCUACACACCAAACAUCGCCACAACGUCGUUCUCCUGAACAUUCAUUUACACAACAAGGAUUAUCUCCCGAACAACAAAUUCCCGAACGUCAUCCAGAUCAUUCAUUGCCACAACAAAGAUACUCUCCUCAACAUCCAGCCCUGCAACAACGACACUCACCUGAACAUUUAAUGCCACAACAACGCCAAUCUCCUGAAUACAUGCCACAGGAAUAUUCAUUACCACAACAGGCUCCACCUCACUCAGAACAUUCAAUACCACAAUCUCAACAAGCUCAACCUCAUCCAGAUCCUCGAGCUAUUCGCAAGUUGGCAAAAUCUCCUAUGCUUCAACCAGCCCAGCCGGGCUUUAUGGGACCACCUCCAAGGUUGGGCUCUCCGCAAUUAGCUUCUUCACCUCGUCAAAGAUCUGAUGGAUUCCAACAACCACGACCAUUAAGAAAACAACAAUCAAUUCCUAAUAUAGCUCCACCAAGAAUUGUGACAGGUUAUGGCCUGCCUCAGCUUCCACCAUCACCAGGCUACUUCCCACAACAGCAAUAUGGACCACCAUCUCCAGGAUAUUUUCCACAACAAUACCCCCCACAACAGCAUCCACAGUAUGCACCACCACAACAGUACCCACCACAGCAGUACCCACCACAACAAGGAUAUCCACCUCAACAAGGAUAUCCGCCACAUGGAUAUCCACCACAAGGAUAUCCACCACAAGGAUAUGCUCCACAGCAUGGAUAUGGUCCUGCUCCAGGUCAUGGUAAUAUGCGUGGUGCACCAAGAGGCGGUAAAUAUAACGACAUGAUGGGAGUUCCAGUAGUUGGAAAACACAACAAGAAUAUCACUGAAAAUAAAGCAUCAUUAAGAGCAGCUUUUGUCCAAGGUAAUUUUGGAAUCUAA